AAAAAAAGGUUGUGUGCUGUGUUGCGUUGUGCCAUUGUCUGUCUCGCAAUGACGUCGUUGAAGAUGAUAGACAUAGCCGUUAACUGCACAGAUGGGAUGUUCAAGGGACUUUACCAUGGGAAGAACUGUCAUGUUCCCGAUAUUGCCACUGUCUUGAACCGAGCUUGGUCUGCUGGAGUCGAUAGAAUCAUAGUGACUGGUGGGUCACUGGAAGAAUCAAGGGAAGCUCUUGCAAUUGCAGAAACUGAUGGUAGGCUGUUUUGCACUGUUGGUGUUCAUCCAACUAGAUGCAAUGAGUUUGAAGAGAGCGGUGAUCCAGAAAAGCAUUACCAGGCUCUAUUUUCAUUAGCCAAAGAAGGAAUGCAGAAAGGGAAGGUGCUAGCUAAUUCUUAUAAUCUAGUAGAUACUUCGAAUUGAUGGUUUCAUAUCGUU